UGGAAUGUAGCUCACUAGCCUCGCAUGCUAGCCGCAGCACCUCAGUAAAGUUUGACAAACACGUCAUGAGCGGCUCGAACCCGCAGCCAGCGCCGCACUGACGACACAUGCGUCAGGUUGACGGAGGAAAGGUGCCGUGUUGACUGCUGAUAGGAAUCCCUAUGUUGGUUCUGUAACUCCAGCACAACUGCUCAGCGUUCAGCGAUGAACAUUGAUGACAAGCUGGAGGGCAUGCUUUUCAAAUGUAGCCCUGUGGGGCUUCACCAUCCUUCCAGAGGUUUGGGACCCUCGAGGGUGGACGGAAGAGGAAGGAGAGGCAGUUUGGAUAUGACUCUUGGGGAGCGCAGCUUGGCGAAUCAUCCACUUUUGGCAGAGGAUGAUGAUGACGAUGAUGAUGAUGAUGAUGAUGAGGAGGAUGAUGAUGACCUGUCGGGUGAAGGCCUGACCUCACAUGACCUGAUAUCUCAGGAUGACCUGAUGGUGCAUGAGGAAACAGUCAAAAAUGAGGGACAGGAUGAACCGGCUUUCUCACAUCGAAUCUCCAAUAAAUUACACUAUACACUCAGUAUGCCGGUAAAUAUAAAGCAGGAGAUGAAAGUGCCAGACACAUUGAUUCUGAGUAAAAAGGAGAAGAAACCAGGGAGGGACCCAUCUGACUGUCACAAAAAGAAGAAGAGAAAGCAGCGCUCUCCUGCAAAGAUUCUCACUAUAAACGAAGACGGCUCACUUGGACACCAGAACCCAAAAUCUCAUAUCUGUGAGCACUGCAAUGCAGCUUUUCGGACAAACUACCAUUUGCAAAGACAUGUCUUCAUUCACACAGGUGAAAAGCCUUUCCAGUGCAAUCAAUGUGACAUGCGCUUUAUUCAGAAGUACCUGCUUCAGAGACAUGAGAAGAUCCACACAGGAGAAAAACCCUUUCGCUGUGAUGAGUGUGGAAUGAAGUUUAUACAGAAGUACCACAUGGAGAGACAUAAGAGGACACACAGUGGAGAGAAGCCUUAUCAGUGUGACUAUUGCCAUCAGUUCUUCUCCAGAACUGACAGAGUACUGAAGCACAGAAGAAUGUGCCAUGAGAAUAAAGACAGGAAGGUGCAGAAAACAGCUGCCAAAGAUGGUCCCCUUCGCACUCCAGAGAACUUGGGCUUCUCUUUUCCUGCCAAGGAUUGCACCCUUCCGAAGAAGAAACGUCAGAAGACCUCUGAUAAAUGUCGGGCCUCAAUCACAAGCCCCACUGUUGAUAAAGUGGAUGAAGCUGGUAUGGAUGAAAAGACAGAAGACCGACUUGCCAAAAGUGAGUGUCUUCCUCUUUAUGCUGUAGCCACCAAGGUGAAGGAUGAAUAUGUUGUGACAGAUUAUUCUGUGGAGCUCCCUGAUUCCCCAUCUGGCAGCAGGCAUCUUGCAGGAGAGGAAUCUAAUGAUGAAAUUAUCAGUCCUCCAAAACUAGUCUUAAAAAAAAUCGCUUGCAGAAGAGGUUUGAAACAGCAGGCCCUAGAGCAGUCCCAGAGUCUCUCUCCAUUGUCCUCAUUCGAAGAGAGCAAAGUAACAAGAUACACGUUUGAGAUUGUGGAUAACAAAAGUUUGUUGGAUGUAGAGACCAAUCCUGAUAUGGAGUCAGUUGAAGCCCUACAAGUAGGACAAGUGAAACCUACAGGGAGCAGCACAAACUAUGACGAUGCCAUGCAGUUUGUCAAGAAAAGGCGUUAUCUUCAGGCGGCUACUGCGAACACUAGUCGAGACUAUGCGCUCAAUGUAAGCAGCAUCGUAUCGCAGUCAUCUGUCACUCAAGCAUCUGUAGCGACUGUCAUCGAUGAGACAGUUCCUGCCACAAUCCUCUCUGAGACUCAGACGCUAAACGUAGAAAUAAAGUCCAGUAAUGACAAGAACGUCCUUCCAGAUGAAGUCUUGCAAACGCUUCUUGAUCAUUACUCCAACAAGGCCAAUGGGCAGGCAGAGAUUUCCUUUAGCGUGGCAGACACUGAGGUCACAUCCAGCAUCUCCAUUAACUCUUCUGAUGAGAGUAGCCCCGCGGAAGCUUUGGUAACCAGUUCACAAGCACCUCCGACUGAGAAGGCCAGCCUUUUGCAGGAGUACUCCAAGUUUCUUCAGCAGGCGCUGGAAAGGACCAGUCAGAACGACACCUACCUUAACAACCAGAGUCUUACUUUUGUAAAUGACAGUGCCAGUCUUGCUGGCCAGCCUUUGUUCUCCACAGAGAAGCAGUUCACCUCCCCAUCCCGGUUCAGACCGACCAUGAACUCUCCAUUAAGAUCCACCUUGGAGAAACCUAACUUUAGCCUUUUAGUAGAUACCCAACACUCCUUCUCCUUUUCAGGUGACGAGACAAACCCUUCCUCAGUUUCGCCAACCGAGGACUUCCUCGACCAAGUGAGCUCUCCCAAAAAGACUGACUCCCAAAGCAUCAGCCAGACAUUUCAGAUCACUACUUUCGACCAGAACUUUCGAUCUCAAUUCCCAAGCUCUCGAUCUGGAAUAUCCCCACAGUUUAGCAUUGCCAGUGGACAAGUUACCCUGAAAGGUCAUGGAGGGGCGGACUUCCCAGAGUUCUCUCUGGUUAAUGAAACAAGAACUCAACUAACUUCAUCACCAGAUGCUACAAGCAGCCAAACUUUUGGCUGAACAAAAGCUUUUAACGAUUUGAAGCAUUUAAAAGGCACUUUAUAGUUCUGUCAGUGAAGGCAAUGUGAUCUCUGUACAAAUACUUAUGAUUUUCCAAUAUCCAUCUCUAAACAAUCACGCGUGUGUGAGAAUCAAAGGAGCAGAGUCAUGCACACAUUAGGUUUCAUUAUUCUAAUAUAGAAUAUACUGUGUCAUUGCAUUAUUUGUAGUGCUUGGACAUGCUAUGGCUCACCAAAUUCAUUAGUCUAUGUGUUCCAGAUAUCAAGCAUUCAAUUUACUACUGCAUGUAGUAGUGUGAAUUUAUUGGGUUAAAGUAUCUUUCCCAAGAGAAAACUUUAAAGUCCAAGUUAAUACAAAAUUUACAAUGUUUACUUUGCUAUCUCACAUUGUUGAGGUGAAUACUUAAUCUGUGCAGGUUAAUCCACUGAAUUUUUUUGUUUGUUUUGGUAAUCUUCAAUCAGAGUCUGACCAUUUGCUUCUGCGUUUGUAGUGGCGAUCCUUCUCUGUUGACGUCAACUUGUUGAUCACACCCUCUUACUAUUAGUUUGCUAUGAGGGAAUAAUGUGCAAAAGAAAGCCCCACCCCCUACUCAAUAUUACGUUUCAAUUGGAAGUACAUCAACAUUUCGGAUUAAAAGUCUCGGCAACUUCUGGUUCACACGGCCUUUAAAAAUCAGAUUUGGCCACUUGUUAGUGUUCAGUUCUCAACUGAGUGAUCUAAUAGUAUACAGUAGUUCUAUAGAAACUACCCUAACCUAGCAUUACAAUCAAUUUCCUUUUUUUUUGUUUUAAAAUUCAUUUCGUGGCAUGUUGUCUAGAGAGUUACUGAAAGUACCUUACUUUGAUGCCUUAGACUUGAGUAGGGCACUUACUAGGCUGUUCCUCUUUGUGAUCCACCUUUAACUAGUGACAUUUAUCGCACCCUAGUUACUCUGUAUAUCUUUUGUGAAUUUAAUGACUUUCAUUCGUGUUCUUGCAUUCACUGCUCCCUAAAAGAAUCUCACAAAGUCAGUUUUUUUAGAGCAAGUUUCAGCUAUCAUCACACUGAGUUUUGUAUGGACCUAGCCCAUCAUUAUUUGAGACUAUAAUCUUGAAUUAUUUUUGCACAUUUUGUCUUAAGAUUAUUUGAUCAAAAAGAUGGUUCUAAUCAGCAAACGCUACAUCUGUCAGAAUCAGUAUGUUAGGGUUUGAUUUCUUGUGUGCCACAUUUUGAGGAUGUCGUUUUAAUUAUUGUCCAAGGCAACAGCAACAACAGGUAUGCACUUCAUUGUUAUCGUCAUUAUGCCUAACUUAGUUCAAGACAAUUAGGGCAUUUAUUACUUUAUUUUUUUUUUUGGUCAAGCCUGUAUUCUUGAGUUUCCAGAUGCACUCAAGAUUUAAUAAAACAAAAAAUGACCCAUUAUAUAGCACUUUGAGCUCAUUAGCAGUUUUUGGUUUUGUUUUAAAGCACUUUUCAAUUCCCUCCCUUGAUCUGCAUAAUGCACAUGUCCAUAAGCAAAGUUUAUUUAUAAACUAUUUUCGAGAGGAUCCGGUUCUUAUGAUUGUCCACAGCUGGUCCCGCAUUAAAUAAUGCAGGAUAACCAGAGUUAAUGGUUAAAUUAGUUUCUUAUCUUAAUGAGUUUCUUAUCUCCGUAUCUCCAUCUUGAAGAACCCACCUGUACUCCCCCUCCUUUCUAGAUGGGUGACACGGUGGCCCAGUGGUUAGCACUGUUGCCUUACAGCAAGAAUGUCUCUGGUUAAAGUCUCUAUUAAACCAGUCAACCUUUCUGUGCGGAGUUAGCUCGUUUUCUCUGUGCUCACGUGGGUUUUUCCUGGGUUCUCCGGUUUCCUCCCACAGUCCAAAAACACGCAACCUAAGUAAAUUGCACAUACCAAAUUGGCAUUGUCGUCAAGCUCUUAGCAAGCCGUAUAUCUCACUUUAGCCAUCCCUAUAUCUGUCAUUAGCCAGAAAUAAGUGAGGGGAGUUCAUUGAGAUCUAACUGAGCUCAAACUCCCCUCUUCCCUUGCUAACGGGAGGGAGCCCAGGGCUCGAGGAUCUUAUUAGUUCAGGGCUCUCUCCCAGGACAGCAUGCCAAACAAGCUUAUUACUAAUCAUCAGCUCAAUGUGAACUCUUGAAAUCUGAUAUAAUCAGUGUAGAGCGAAAUCAGCAAAGGUGAUUUAAGAAUGUAUGGUUUGAGAUUAUAUUCUUAUGCUAUUUUCUUCGUUUCAAAACACCCCAUUCAUUAGCAAAUGCUUUUAAAAAUCAGAUUGCUUAUUGAAUUAUUGAACAAAAAAAUAGUGUAAUGUUUGCUAAAAUUGUACUAAUAUCUAUAUGUAAGCAUAACAUGUUUGUUGCACAUCUUUCUAUGUUAGCUUUUAAACUGAUCAUGUAUAUUAAACUUUUUUUUUCAGAUAAUGGAAAUUUACCUGCUUGCCUUUUAAGUGUAACUUGAUUAUUCUUAGUUUCAGGAUUUAUAAUCAUAGUAUUAUGCCAACCUGUACUCAUUAAAUUUCUUUAAAGCAUUCUUAUGUAAAUUGUUGAUGGUUUAGUACACAGCAGCAAAUUCCUCUGAGUAAAAUUGACUCAGUUUAGAUCAGGGGUGUACAAACUCUGUCCUGGAGGGCCGGUGUCCUGGAGAGUUUAUCUCCAACUCGCUUCAACACACCUGCAAGGAAGCUUCUAGUAUAUCUAAUAAGAGCUUGAUUAGCUGGUUCAGGUGUGUUUGAUUAGGGUUUGAGCUAAACUCUCCAGGACACUGGCCCUCCAGUGGUCCGUUCUUCGUAUGUGGAUUGCUCAAUUAGUUGGAUUUGGUUAUUGACGAUUUGACACCAUCCAGGAUCGUUUCGUUCUUCAAAACAGAUCCGAGAGUUGUUGUCAUGGCAACAGUUCUGGUAGCUCAAACCUGCUCAGGAGCAGGUUUAUUUCAUAUAAACAGGAUUAGAUCAGGUCAUUUCAAGCAAAGGUAAUACUGAAAGCAUGUACCAAAUGCUGAUAUUUUCUUACAGUAGUAACCUAUACAUUAUAUACACUUGUUA